AGCCCACAGAUGUGUGCUCGACGUGGAAGGUUGUUCAAUCUGUAUGGUGUGGACGUGAUUAGUAAUAUUUCAGAUAUUUAAUACGAAAAGUCCUGCUUAGAACAUAAAAAGUGCAUGCGUUAAAUUAAAUAACUUUAAAUCAGCCUUAUCAACGCACUAACGGAAAAAAAAUGCAAGAAAAGCAAAAUGAAUGUCCCAAUCUUAUUUCAGAGCCUAUCGAAUGGGUUAUAUGAGGGCAUCGUGACCGUCCUUUCGAUUUUAAUUCAAGGCGAGUGGGAGGCACUUUCUGUAUUUGGGCAUGCAGCCUAUUUUGUGGCUGUCAAUGUCUGUACUUUAACAGGCGAUCACUGGGCCCCUGUCCGAAACUGCGCCAUAUGAUAGACGAUAAUGUAAUUUAGACCUUAAGACUGGUCCAAACCCAUGACUCUUGUUAUUUUUAUUCUAGAAUUACCACGCCCAGGGGUUGUAAAUCACAAGUUCAUCCAGAAGGGGCCGCUGUUUUGUUUGAAAUCCAAGGCCCGCUUGACAAAGUACAGCCUUGAUAUCUCUCUUGGCUGCUGACGCCUUUAGAUGUUCGGUCCCAGAGCCGUUGUGGCUCUUUCCGCCGUUGCCUUCGUUAGAAAUAUGAAUGCAUCAGCCACUACUGCUGCUCCGGGGGUCCCUGGUUUGCUCAGACUGCACGCUGUCCAAGGCUAUGAGGUUCGUCGCUGCAACGAGAUGCUGCUGCUCCGCCCCGGAGGAGACAGCCCGACCUCCGGUCGUCACGUCCUCUACUUCCCCGGCGAUAUACAGAAUUUCCAUGAAGUGAUGGCUUCACAUCAUGAGAACCACCAAUGGCUUCCUUGGAGUCUGGAGAAUGUGGCAGUCAAAUUAUCCAAGCACUUUCCGGGUAGCCAUGUGUGGGUUAUCCGAGCUUCUCGCAUGUACUUGCACAAGUUCAGUUGCUAUGAUAACUUUGUGGAAAGCAGCCUGUUUGGAGCACCAGAGCACUCAUCAGGAUAUGGUGCUUUCCUCCACCUCCAGGCUUUGUUUGUCCAUGCCUUUGAACUGGCUAAAAACCCACUAGAUUCUGUUGGUAUCAAUGGGUCUGCAGGAUGUGCAGUUGCUUCUAAUAGUUGCUAUGAAAGCCAAAAAAGUUCCAGUUGCAACCAGCCUUCUGUCAUGAGUUCAUCUCUCCCUGCUAAUCUAACACUUACAUUAGUUGGCUUCAGUAAAGGCUGUGUGGUUCUAAACCAAUUGAUUUAUGAGCUUGCAGGAGCCAGAGCUAAUUCAAUGACUUCAUCCUUUGUCAAGCACAUCACAGACAUGUACUGGCUAGAUGGUGGCCAUCCUGGCGGUAGUGACACAUGGGUGACAAAAACUGAGGUUUUGAAAGAACUGGCCUCAAGUGGCAUAGCUGUUCAUUGUCAUGUGACUCCCUAUGAGGUACGUGACCCAAUGAGAGCCUGGGUUGGAAAGGAGCACAGUAAAUUUGCACAAACUCUAAAAGAGCUGGGAGCUCCCAUUGUCAACAUGCUGCAUUUUGAGAAUGAAAAACCUUCACUCGAAAAUCAUUUUCGUGUAUUAGAAAUGAUAAGUAACGAAGAAGUUUAAGAAAAUUAUUAUUUUAAAGGUGGAUCUUGCACUUUUGUGGACAACGGUCCUAGAAUGUCAUUUCUGCAGCAGCUGUUGUUUUGUCUGUUAGAUGGUAAAGCGGUUAUUUCUGAAGAAUGAUAACAUGUCAGCCGUAAUUAUAUCAUGUCAGCUGCCAAUAAUGACAACAUGGUGACUCUAAAAGCAUAUUUUUUCUUAAUACAACUCGAGGAAGCAGGUUCACACUGUGAUAUUUUAAGACCAUGAUCACCAUCUUAGAUUUAAAAUGGCUUAUUCAUUUUAAUGAGGCUGCUGUCAUAGCCCCCAUUGUUGAGUGAUUUUUUUAAAAGGCAGUUGGAUGAAAAUGAUAUUUUACAUUCCACAUCUACAGUAAACACUUUAAAGGAAGGUAUCGAAAAAAAACUUUUCCUUGUCAGUUGAUAUUUUGGCUCCUGCUUGUAAAGGAAAUAAUAAAAUAUUUAACUGACUACUUUGAAGUUUACAGGUGUCUUAAUUUUGAGGUUACCAUUGCUUUCAAUUAUUAAAUGGAUGAUGUAGUCAGGUUUUAUUUUUAAUCAACUAAGUAAAAAACGCAAAAAGGGGUGUAUAUGAAAGAGGCAAAUGUGUGGUAGGCAUUUCAUAUUCGAGGAUGGUAAGAAGAAGAGUAAUGAGCUGCCCUUCUCCUACAAUUCAGGUAAGCCAUAGUGUAGUCACCAGUUAUUAAGCUAAAGUUAAGUUUCCCUUUUAAAAAUACUAGGGGGCUCGCCCCCGUGCUCGCUGCGCUCGCCAACCCCUGGGUUUGGUCAUCCGUAUAUAAAAUUUAAAGAGAUUGUUAUUUUCAUUCCAUUCAUUUUUUUAUUUCUUGAUAUUUGCCAGUAAUAAAGCUAUAGUGAAUGAGUUAUCUCCCCCCAAACCCCUAAGGGCUGCUUGUUCCGUGCUGCGUGAUCUGCAUGUUGUGCUGCGCGUUGUUCAUUUAAAAGCCUGUACAGCAGCUGUCCUUUUAUCUCACUUCUUUGUUUUGCGGGAUGUUAAAGUGUCUCCGAGAAUUUGUUUGUAAGUAGGGCGUGUCGUGUAAGUAGUCUCCUGGGACUUCAAAGUGUCUUCUGAGAAGAUCACGUCUCGUCUCCCUCCCAAGAUUUUUUUUUUAUAAUAGUUUAAUUCUACCAUUUCUCUCUAUCACUGUUUAUACCUUGUAAAUGUUAUUUUUUAACAAAAUCCUUGUUUAUAUUUUAUAUUAAUAAGACUGUAUGAAAUAGUUUUUGUUUUGAUAAAAUUAAUUACAUUGAUGACCUUUUAUUCAUCAGAAGAAAACUUCCUGUGCAUCAAAUACAGAGAUCUCUGUGUCCUUCAGAUGAGAUGUAAAACCGAGGUCCUGACUCUCUCUGGUCAUAAAAGAGCCCUGGGCUACCAAUGUAAAGAGCAGGGUGUAUCCCGAUGCUCGGGCUAAAUUGCCCACCACGGCCUAAUCAUUUUGGUCCCCUAAUUAUCACUGUCUCUAAUUGGCUAUCUUUCUCACCUCUUCACCACCUAACAGUUAAAGUGUGGUGAGUGUACUGGCGCAAUAAUGGCUGCCGUCACAUCAUCCAGGUAGGAGCUACACAUUAGUGGUGGUUGAAGUAGCUCCCUACUGACCGAAGUUCUCCAUGUAAGUAGUGAGAAAACCACUAUAUAAAUAUAAAGAAUUAUUAUUCACACCCUUAGUAAGUAAAAGCAAAAUGGUCUGUGAAAAAAAUGUCUUAGUUUAUUGAAAUCUGAAGUAUCUGUGGAGAUUCUGUUUGGAGGAAUGACCCCUUGGUAUGUGUUCUCCAACCUCAUUAUGUAUUAUAAGAGAAGGCAUAAAGCUGAUAUCGUGACAAAGGACGGUUGUACAAAGUAUUAAAAGAACAGAUGUCAAUAAUUGUGGCACACAUUGGAGAAAAAUAUUUUGUUUUAUGAGAAUUUUUUUUCCAUUCAAUUAUUUUACUUCAGUUAAAUCCUAGAUUUAAGUUAAUAUUUUGAAUGAAAAAUAAAGAGCAUAAACAAUUAAGACAUUUAUUCACAGUUUGCUUUUAUUUACCAAGGUUGCAAGUAUUAAUAAAGGGUGACAAUAUAUUUUUAUACACAAGUAAGCUUUUGUACACUGCUACUUUUGCCAAACAUAUGUUUGUGAUAUUGAAGCAAUUCUAUACUUAAUAUAUAGAAAAAGUUGAUGUACUAAAUUGAACUGUAGGAAAAGUGCUUAUUCUCAAAUAAAAUCAAGGCAACUUAUCCCUGGUCAAUCAAUUACAUUCCACCGAUUACACCCUUUAGGCAAGUUCCAUCCAUCCAUUUUCCAACCCGCUGAAUCCAAACACAGGGUCACGGGGGUCUGCUGGAGCCAAUCCCAGCCAACACAGGGCACAAGGCAGGGAACCAAUCCCGGGCAGGGCGCCAACCCACUGCAGGACACACACACAAACACCCACACACCAAGCACACACUAGGGCCAAUUUAGAAUCGCCAAUCGACCUAACCUGCAUGGCUUUGGACUGUGGGAGGAAACCGGAGCGCCCGGAGGAAACCCACGCAGACACGGGGAGAACAUGCAAACUCCACGCAGGGAGGACCCGGGAAGCGAACCCAGGUCUCCUUACAGCGAGGCAGCAGCGCUACCACUGCGCCACCGUGCCGCCCCCUUUAGGCAAGUUUUAAAACCUAUUAGGCUAUAGUUAAUAGUUUCAUUGAAAGCUUAAUAUAAAUUCAUUGAACAUAGAAAGUACAGGGACAAAUGUCAAGUGAUGUUGCCCUGCCUUGUUUUUAUACUUUAAAGGUUAUAAUGAAACUUAGGCUUGCAAACUUGGCCCCUAUGUGUGUGCCCAAAUGCUGCUCUUAAUACUAUUUUGCUUUCCGUUGAAUGUGGUACACUAGUGUGAGGUUUUAAAACCUUUAAUUUAUGUCUAUUAUUAAAUAUAAGAUGAUGUUCAGCAGUUAUGGACGUGUGCCCUGCCAUUCUGCUGCAUCUUUCCUGAAAUCAUUUAAACAAGUGUAGGAAAAAAGGGCAGCAGAGAGACACAGCUCUGCCGCCUUAAAACACUUGAAAGCUGGAUUCUAAGACCAGUCCUGUCAUUGUCGGUUGAUUUGGUAUGCUCUCCUCGUAUCUGCAUUAGUUUCUGCUAAUGUUCUCUUUUUCUACCUCUUCCCAAAGAUGUCCAUGUUAGGUUAGCUGGUACCUGUAAAUUGGUCCUGUAUUCUGGCAUCUUGUCCACCAUUGACUCCUGCCUUGAGUAUGAUCUCACUGGUAAAGAAGCUUCCUAUAUUAUUUAGAAAAUGGAGAAAUUGGUGUUUAAAGUAGUAGGAUUUAUGUUGGAAUGUGAAGUUUAUUUUCAUUGUAGAUAUUUUGUCUUCCCAGAAAGAGGUUGUAUCAGUUUGUUUUGAUUACAAUGUGUUUUAACAGAGUAAUUACUAAAGCUACCAAACACCUUCAUUGCUGUAUUAUUGCAAAUUUGUUCAGUGAAUGUGUUUAAGUCUUCCACCAAAAUCUAAUAUUAAUAAAAGCCACCUGAGUAAAUA